AUGGAGAACCGUUUGAGGAGCAGGAGAACCCCUCUCAUCGUUUGUUUCACCACGUUACUCAGGUCUCUGGAGGCGACCCCCGUCCCCCUCUCGGAUCCGGAUCUCGUCCUCCUCAUCACCGACUCCAACGUGAAGCACUCGCUGGGCAGCAGCGAGUACCCGCUGAGACGGCGGCAGUGCGAGGAGGCCGCCUCGCUGCUGGGGAGGGACAGCCUGAGGGAUGCCACCCUGCAGAUGCUGGAAGAAGCCAAGGACCGGAUGGAUGACGUGAUCUAUCGACGAGCUCGCCACGUCAUCGAGGAGAUUGAGAGAACCAGACGAGCGGCCGACGCCCUGAAGAGAGGAGCCUACGAAGAGUUUGGCCGCCUCAUGGUGGAGAGCCACAACUCCCUCAGAGAUCUGUACGAGGUGAGCUGCCCGGAGCUGGACCAGCUGGUUUCUGCAGCCCUGCAGGUGGACGGCGUCUACGGCAGCCGCAUGACCGGGGGAGGAUUCGGGGGCUGCACCGUCUCCCUGGUCCGGGUCCAGGCCGUGGACAGAACCAUGCAGCACAUCCAGGAUGGAUUCCGGGGAACGGCCACCUUCUACGUGACGACCCCUUCAGCCGGAGCGCGGGCGCUCCCUCUGUCCUGAUCCUCCAUCCCUGCAGGGGGGGCACGCACUUUCCCGGUGACCCCCCUCCGCUCUGACUGAUCAGUCAAUGUUCAAUAAAAGAUGUGGAAACUAAAACCCCUAAAACACAUUUUUGAAAAAAAGAAAAGAAUUUAAAGUAAAAAUAAAAUCAAAAAUCAAAAGUUGAGAAGGAAAACAAACCUCUGGGAAUGAGGCAGAAGCAAUGAUAGUAAUUUACGGAAGAGUAUGAGGGCCGUGAAGGAGAAAAGAUAUUUGAGAGGGGAACUUUUUUUUUUAUUGUGCACUUCGAAAAAAAAGUUGAAAUGUCGAGAUUAAUGUUGAAAUACAAUUAUAAGAAUAAAGUUGAAA